GAGCAAUGUCGUUGUCGAGCCUCGCAGUGCAUUAUGCGUUUCAAUGACGGUUUCUGGCUUCUCAAGGGUGGUGUAAAGCCUGCCUUCGGUCUUCAGGUCGUACAGGCAACACCUGACAAUGAUGGAUAUAAUUUACACGUCUCUACGAAGCCCAUCAGGCACCGAGGAGAUACAUUGGCAGGUCCCGUUCUCAGUAUUCGCGUGCAUUCACCUACCGAAGGAGUGAUUGGAGUCAAGAUCAAUCACUUCAAACACAGCGAUCCAACCCCAAACAUCGCUCUAUUUCCCGAUGAUCCACCCGUGCCCUCCGUGUCGCUUUCCAAGGGAGAGAAAGAGUGGUCCGUGACCACCGGUCAAUUAACGGCUCAAAUUACCGAGAACCCUUACACGAUCUCGUUCAAAUCUCCUACGCGCACUUUGACGUCUGCGGGUUACAAACAUCAGGCAAUCUAUGACGUUCCAUACAAAUGGACAUUGAGAAGCGCAUCCAACAAUUCUUGCUUGAUGACUGAUUUCAGUUCUAACCCUACUCCAGGAACGCCGCCAGAGUUUGUGCGAUACGUUCAUUCCGAACUGAACCUUUCUCCCGGAGAGUUAAUCUACGGCCUUGGAGAACAGUUCGGUGCAUUUGUGAAGAACGGUCAGUCUGUAAGCGUUUGGAACCAAGACGGCGGGACCUCUAGCGAACAGGCGUACAAAUGUGUUCCUUUCUACAUCACGAACCGUAACUAUGGUGUCUUCAUCAACCACCCUGGGGAGGUUGAAGUUGAAGUUGGUAGCGAGAAGGUGAGCCGUGUUGGUGUGAGUGUCGCUGGGGAGAGCCUGGAGUACUUCAUCAUCUAUGGCGAAAAACCUCUGGACAUACUUGAACGUUACACUCGCAUUACCGGACGUCCUGCCCUUCUUCCAACCUGGACGUUCGGACUUUGGCUUUCGACAUCCUUCCUAACGUCUUAUGAUGAGAAGACGGUGUCUGGUUUCCUUCAAGGAAUGCAGGAUCGAAACUGUCCUGUACGAGUGUUCCAUUUGGAUUGUUUCUGGAUGAAACAAUAUGAAUGGUGCUCAUUCACCUUCGACCCCGAUCAUUUCCCUGACCCGAAAGCUUAUCUUGCGGAGAUCAAGAGAAAGUAUGGUGUUAAAAUAUGUGUAUGGAUCAACCCAUACGUUUCCCAGCUGUCGCCUAUCUUCCAGGAAGCUGUCGAGGGCGGGUACUUGAUCAAAAGAAAGGACGGCUCGCCUUGGCAAUGGGACUUAUGGCAGCCUGGUCUAGGUGUUGUCGACAUAACCAAUCCCAAGGCGAAGAAGUGGUAUGCUGACAAGCUUGAUGCACUUGUUGACCUUGGAGUGGAUACGUUCAAGACCGACUUUGGAGAGCGUAUCCCACAUGCCAACGUCGUCUUCCAUGAUGGCUCGGACCCAAUUCGGAUGCAUAACACGUACUCGGUUCUGUAUAACGAGCUCGUCUUCGAAUUACUGGAAAGACGGCUCGGAAAGGGCGAGGCAGUAGUAUUUGCUCGCUCCGCUACCGCAGGUGGACAAAGAUUCCCAGUGCAUUGGGGUGGUGAUUGCGAGUCAACCUUCGAAGCAAUGGCAGAGACGCUGAGAGGUGGACUGAGCCUGACCCUCUCUGGUUUCGCCUUCACCUCUCACGAUAUUGGGGGAUUUGAAGGUCACCCUCCUCCACAAAUUUACCAUCGUUGGGUUGCCUACGGUCUUUUCUCCUCACACUCUCGUCUUCAUGGCUCCAUGUCGUACAGAGUUCCCUGGCAAUAUGGCGAAGAAGCAGCAGAGUAUAUGGCUCGGUUCCUCAAUGCCAAGCACCGACUCAUGCCAUAUCUUUAUCAACUAGCUUUGCAAGGAAACGCUGUAGGACAUCCCAUGCAACGAGCGAUGUUUCUGGAGUUUCCGGAGGACCGAACCACGCAUUACCUCGAUCGUCAAUAUAUGCUGGGCCAUUCGUUGCUCGUGGCACCCGUGUUCGUUCCCAGUGACGAGGAGUCUGAAUACUACAUCCCUGCUGGACGUUGGACAUCUUUCUUCCACCCUGAGCGCACUAUAGUUGGGCCGCAAUGGGUGAAGGAAAUAGUUCCCCUCGACGAAAUCCCAGUUUGGGUGAGGCCUGGAACUGUCCUGUGUCUUGGACCAGAGGGUAUCGGACGUCCGGACUACAAUUUCGCCGAGAAUUUGGAGGUUUAUGUGUUUGAGUUGUCAGAAGGUCAGGUCGUAAAUGCAGAGGUCCCGACUGGCACAGACAAGGACAUCGCUGGUAUUGUAACAGCGGAGUGUAAGCGAGGAGAGGUAAUUGUGAAGGUCACGGGCGACCUUAACCUGACUUCUGUGAAGCUGGCCCUGGGUGGGAGAGUACAUGAUGGCAUUAAGGAAGGUAAAGAAGUGUAGGCCAUAGGAAUAUAAGGACAACGGCGUAACAGGAUGGUUUGCGCCGGUAUCACGUUUCCCAGUCCCUGAAUGGGAUGAGAUAUUUCGAGUGUCAAAGCAUGUGCACUACAGCGUGCGAUCACAGGAAUGGAGAGGGCUCGGUUACUCGUCAUGAAGAUCUUGCCAGGCCUUCUCAGUCUUCCCCCGUCGUAGCUUAGCAUUCUCGCGAUUUUUUGCAGAUUGAUCAAGACGCUGUAAUUAUAGUUUCAAACGAUGAGAAGGAGGAAAAGAAAAGCAGUACG